AUGUCCUCUCAUCAACAAAAUGAAAUGAUACCAUCCGCAUCCUCAUCCUCAUCGGAAAGUAAUGGCAAGCACUCAUCUUCGGAAGAAGCAGAAUAUCCAAGAUUAAAAGGACAUUUAUUGGAUCGAAAAAAGAUGAAAUCCAUUGAAGAUAUCGACAAUUGCACUGAUUAUAAAUAUUUGAUUUUGCAUGAAAAAUACACUACUGUGGAAAGCGUACCUCAGAAAGUGAUGGAUAUUUUAAAAGAACAUGAAGCUGGGGAUCUCACUCAACAAACAAGAGAAUUAACGUAUGAUCAUUUGACGUACAACGAAGUGUUAUCAACCUUCGUUCCAUCUGGCCUUGAAAUAACCUCGUCAUUUGAACAAGUUGGCCACGUUGCUCAUCUCAAUAUACCAGACGAAGUGUUAAAAUACAAAUAUUUGAUUUCACAAGUUAUGCUAGAUAAGAACCCUACUUUAAAAACGGUUGUAAAUAAGAUUGGAAUGAUUGAUUCCGUGUUUAGAGAGUUUAAAAUGGAGCUUUUGUGUGGAGAAGACAAUUUUAAUGUUACUGUCAAGGAAAAUGGCAUUACCUUUAAAUUUAACUACAGAGAAGUUUAUUGGAAUUCUCGACUCGGAACGGAACAUACGAGAUUAUUGAGCUUUUUUGACAAAUCUCAGGUUGUUUGUGAUAUGAUGGCAGGAGUUGGCCCAUUUGCAGUUCCAGCUGCUAAGAAAGUUAGAUGUCGAGUUCUUGCCAAUGAUCUUAAUCCUAAGAGUUAUGAAUACAUGAAAGAAAAUGCUAUCAUUAAUAAGGUCACUGACAACAUGGAGUGUUCUGCCAAAGAUGGAGACGAUUUACAAGAACUCUCCAAACAGCAAGUGGAGCAAGUCAUUGGUCAAGAUCAUGUCAUGGAAUAUGUUGACAUUCACCAUGUGAGAAAUGUUGCACCAAGGAAGGAAAUGAUGUGUGUCUCAUUUAGGCUCAAACAACCUCAUCAGAAUGCUCCUACUACUUCUCCUCUCAAAAGAAAGCAAGAAGAAAUCAGUCCCAGUGAAGAACAUCAAGAGGACAAAAGCUCAAACAAUAACAUUCAUCACAUUGUUGGCUCGAGUUUGGUUUCCUCUUUCUCUUCUUUGCAACAAGACAUUGAGUGGUUGUUUUGA